UUCACAAAAUGAAUCAAUCAGCGGAUGCGAAACCGCCGAAGCCGGAUGGACGAGUUACACGAUCAGUAACAGUUCGAAAGCUCGGUCCGGGCGCUAAUAAAGAAAAACAGGAAUCCGAUAAUUCGCAAAAAAAGAAAACCGUCAACGCAGCAGCUCAAAAAGCUGACACUUCAUCCAAAAGGAAUUCGGGAAACCCCCAAAAACCAAAAAAACCCAAGCAUGAAGCAAUAAAAGUGUCAACUCGUCGACUCUCUGCAUCGUCGAAACCGCCACCACCAGCUCCACAAAAUGUCCCGAAAAUGAAUUCUUUCGUUGGGAACGGGAACACUCGUAUGAUUAUGGUUCAAACGACGCCACAGGCGAAAAAACUGGAAGCUGAGAUGAAGCUGAGGAUGCAGAACAAGGGUGAAUCUCCAGAAGCGUCACUUCUUGUGCUGGAAAGUCGCACGCCAGAACCGACCGUUCAGCAGGUUCUUGAGGAGUUGCAGAAUGAUGUUGUGAAUCCAAAAUCUUCCACUACUCCAGAAGGCUAUAGCUUUGAACUUCGCAAUCUCAAAACCCCAGAGAUUCCCGCGAUGCCAACUCCACUGGCUUGCUCGCCUGCAGCUGCCAGAAAUUCUCCAGUCGUGAAAAAGAUUCAGAACCACGUCCCAAACGUGACUCUUGUCCCGUCUGAACCCAGGGAGCCGUCGCUGAGAAAGUGCGCGAGCUUUCCGAAAAUGGAUUCGCCGACUAUUCAUAAAAUUCUGUCGCCGGUUGUGGAGAUUCAGCAAAAAGAUCCACUGGCACGCAUCAAGUUAGCUACCGAGAAGCUAAAGGAGAGACGAGCUCAACUUGACACGCAGAAGAAGCACACUAUGUUCUUGCCAGAGGCUUUUAUUGGCCCCCAUUUCAAUGAGACAAUUGCUUCUGGAUUCUACGCCUUGUUCAACGCUUCCCACUUCCAAGUUCACUACAAUAGCGAGGGCAAACGUUUAGGCUCCGGAACAAUGUGUGUUCUGAAGAACCAAAUGAAUGGUGCUCGUGAUUGGUUCGCUGGCAACACGUGGCGUGCCGUCAAAAUGAUGUAUAUGCGUACACGUGACGCAGAGAAGCACAAGAAUUCGGAAGUGAAGUUGUUCGUGGAAAAACUUCCAGAUUGGAGCACCGAGCAGCUUGAGGAAAAGCUUCGCAAUGAGUUCAAGUUGUCAGAUUUUCAACUUCUUUACGAUUACAAGGGAAAUAACUUGAGAAGCGCCAUAGUUCUUCUGAAAUAUCCAGAUGCAAUCAAUCUCUGCAAUUCUAUUCGUUCCAAUCCAACUGUAUUCGGAAAGGAAUGGCACCCGAGAGUCUUCGAAGUGCUCGACGUAGCUGUUCAGCCGCCAAUCGAUAAAUAAACUUUUUUGUAUUUUAAUGCCUGAACCUGUUUUGUUGAUGCUUACAUGAAAAUUUGUUCU